CCCGAAUCCCGAGGGCGCCGCCGCCACCCGUGCCUGCGCCUCCCGCCGCCGCCCGCCAGUCCCGCCACCCCGUGCGGCCCCGCCUCCUGCCGCCGGCCGCCCGCGGCCCCUGCGCCCUGCUGGUGCACUGCUGGCUGCUGCUGGGCGCCUGGGCGAGCGCGCACCUCCCGCCGCCCUGCGCGGGCACGCGACCGCAGCAAACCCGGGGCGCCGGCGCUCCCCGCCUGGCCACCUCCCGCCGUCCCGCGCACCCACACGGCCGCCGCCUCGACCUUGACUGGACUACCCUAGUUUCAAUUCCUAGGUCUGCCACUGCGGACGAGGGUUUGGAGGACGGUAAGCUUGCAGUGCGCGGCGCAAAACCCUAGCUCCCGGCCCUCUUCUUCUCUCCAAGUGCUCUCCUGCCUCGCUGAUCCGCGAUGAGGGUGAAGGUGAUAUCGCGAUCCACCGAAGAGUUCACGCGCGACCGCAGCCAGGACCUGCAGAAAGUAUUCCGCAACUAUGAUCCAGGGCUUCGUAGUCAAGAGAAAGCCGUCGAGUACACUCGGGCACUUAAUGCUGCAAAGUUAGAGAAGAUAUUUGCUAAGCCAUUUAUUGGAGCUAUGGAUGGCCAUAUUGAUGCGGUAUCGUGCAUGGCCAAGAACCCCAAUCAUUUGAAAGCAAUAUUUUCUGGUUCAAUGGAUGGAGAUAUUCGCCUUUGGGACAUUGCUGCGAGGAAGACAGUUUGCCAGUUCCCUGGGCACCAAGGUGCCGUAAGAAGUCUAACAACAUCUACAGAUGGUGAUCUUCUUGUAUCAUGCGGCGUGGACUGCACUGUUCGACUCUGGAAAGUUCCAAUGCUUAAAAUGGUGGACACUAGUGACCGUACUGGAGAUACUUCCCAGCCAUCAGCAGUCUACACCUGGAAGCAUGCAUUCUGGGGUGCUGACCACCAGUGGGACGGUAAUCUUUUUGCUACUGUUGGUGCUCAAGUUGAUAUAUGGGAUCCUAACAGGUCGGAGCCAAUAAAUAGCUUUGAAUGGGGUAAAGAUACAGUUCUUUCUGUGCGCUUUGAUCCUGGAGACUGUAAUGUUUUGAUUACAUCAGCCAGUGAUCGGAGUCUAACACUUUAUGACCUGCGCAUGUCAUCUCCAGCUAGAAAGCUAAUAAUGAAGACAAGGUGCAAUUCAGUAUGCUGGAACCCUAGGGAGCCCAUGAACUUCACUGCUGCAAAUGAAGACACAAACUGCUACUCCUUUGAUGCUAGGAGGCUAGAUGAAGCCAAAAUUGUUCACAAAGGCCAUGUUUCAGCAGUGAUGGAUAUUGACUACUCACCAACUGGGCGUGAAUUUGUUACUGGUUCCUAUGAUAGAACAGUAAGGAUUUUUAAUUAUCUUGGUGAUCAUAGCAGGGAGAUUUACCACACGAAGAGGAUGCAAAGGGUAUUUUGUGUGAAGUACACCUACGACGGGACAUAUCUAGUCUCUGGAAGUGAUGAUACAAAUCUUCGGCUGUGGAAAUCCAAAGCUUCGGAACAACUUGGAGUUCUUCUUCCACGGGAGCGCAAAAAGCAAGAAUACCUGGAUGCUGUGAAGGAGCGGUAUAAGCACCUCCCAGAAGUGAAGCGGAUUGUGCGGCAUAGACACCUACCGAAGCCAAUCUACAAGGCGGCCAACCUGCGGCGUACGAUGAUUGAAGCCGAGAACCGGAAAGAGGAGAGGAGGCGAAAGCACAGCGCUCCAAGGAGCAUGCCCGUGCAGCCCUUCAGGAAGCGAAGGAUCAUCAAAGAAGUUGAGUAGGCGUGUAGGGUUUGCAGGGCCAUGCUGUGUUUCCGUUGAGAGUUGGGACUGCUAGCUGAAGUUUUGCAUUUGUUGUUUACAUAUAUGCAUGGUGUAUCCAGAUUGUUUUUGAAUUCAAAAACCUUUCUCCUAUAGAUGGGAGCGAGCAGUUUUUACCACUGCAAGAAGGAAUUCGCGAUUGACUUGUAGGGUUGGUAUGGUAUUGGUAUGUAGGAGCGUGACUAGCUAUUUGCCUAUUUGAAGAAUGCUAGUACUAGUACAGCAAGGAUGAUGGUGACGGCUGGCUGAAACAGAUGGAGCUAGUCUGAAAGUCAUCAACCAUCUAAUUGCUUUGCUUGUC